ACUUUUCGUGGAGCAGCGAAAGCGCGAGGAAGAGGGUAGAGGGGGGAAGGGGGGAGCGUUAGCACUUGAAAAUGGUUCAAAGGCUCACUUACCGGAAGCGGCAUAGCUAUGCCACCAAAUCCAACCAGACGAGGGUCGUCAAAACCCCUGGUGGGAAGCUCGUCUACCAGACAUCUAAGAAGAGAGCUAGCGGGCCGAAGUGUCCUGUCACUGGAAAGAGAAUCCAAGGGAUUCCUCACUUGAGACCUACCGAAUACAAGAGAUCUAGAUUACCUAGAAAUCGAAGGACUGUAAACCGAGCAUAUGGUGCAGUGUUAUCAGGGACUGCUGUCAGGGAGAGAAUCAUUCGGGCAUUCUUGGUGGAAGAGCAAAAGAUUGUGAAGAAGGUAUUGAAGAUCCAAAAAGCCAAGGAAAAGCAAGCCCUCAAAAGCUGAGAUGUGAG